UCCGAUUAACCGGUUAACUUCGACAGCCUACUGGUAGAGUGUGUGUGUGAGCCGAUGUUAAGAACAAGAGCACUGAAAAACGGCUAGACCAUCAAGAAAUAGAAAUGGCAGCAUCAAUGUGGAAGGAUAAAGGACAAUUGGUAUUUGAAGAACAAUGGCCUCUUAUGAGACCAACAAUUUUGAAACUGUUACGUCAAGAGCCUGUUAGUCGAGCUGAAUGGCAUGAACUGUUUUGGUCUGUACACAUGGUGUGUUUGUGGGAUGAAAAAUCACAUGCCAAAAUGUACAAGGCAUUGCAGGAUGAUAUUCUGGAAUUCAUCAAGCAAGCACAGACAAGAGUACUAACUCAUGAAGAAGACCAGUCACUGUUGAGGGCUUACAUCAGUGAAUGGCGUAAAUUUUUUACCCAGUGCUCAUAUUUGCCCAUGCCUUUCUUCCAGCUUGAAACUGCACUUCAAGGUAAAACACACAACUCAAUACAGAAAAAGCCCCAGCAAAACACUGAUGACAGUCUAGUCAGAAAGCUAAUGUUGGAUUCCUGGAACUUUAGUAUUUUCUCCAACAUUAAAAACCGAUUACAAGACUCAGCAAUGAAAUUAGUCCAUGCUGAAAGAAAUGGAGAAGCCUUUGACUCACAGUUGGUCAUUGGAGUGAGAGAGUCCUAUGUUAACCUUUGUUCAAAUUCUGAAGAUAAGUUGACCAUUUAUAUGGAUAACUUUGAGAGGGCUUAUAUAGAUUCCACCGAAGCUUUUUACAAGUUGAAAGCUCCUCAAUAUUUGGAAAUCAAUGGUGUUCAGAAUUACAUGAGAUACGCAGAAUCGAAACUACGCGAAGAGGAGCAGAGAGCCAAUAAAUAUCUAGAAUCGUGUUCUAUUGCUACUCUUAACGGAUGUUGCGUAAAUGUCUUGGUAACAGCCUUCAAGGAAACCAUUCUAGCUGAAUGUUCUUCUAUGAUUAAGCAAGACGAAACUCAAAAAUUGCGUAUGAUGUUCCGGUUGAUGGAUCGAGUCUCCGAUGGAAUUGCACCUAUGCUAAAAUAUUUAGAAGAUCACAUUAUUCACGCAGGAUUGGCGGAUAUGAUGGUGGCAGCUGAAUUAAUUACCCAAGAUUCUGAAAAAUAUGUGGAACGACUUUUGACACUGUUCAAUCAGUUUAGCCUCUUGGUUAAGGAAGCUUUCGACGAUGACCCGCGGUUCCUUACUGCUCGUGAUAAAGCUUAUAAACAUGUUGUGAAUGAUACUUCAGUCUUUCGAUUAGAUUUACCCACUCGAUUGCAAGGACCUGGCUCCAGCGGAGGAGUCAAAACCCAACCUGAAUCUCGUUGCCCAGAGCUGCUAGCUAAUUUCUGUGACAUGCUUCUGCGUAAGACACCUUUAAGCAAAAAACUCACUUCCGAUGAAAUUGAAAGCAAACUAAAGGAUGUGCUACUUGUUCUGAAAUACGUUCAAAACAAAGAUGUGUUCAUGCGGUUCCACAAAGCGCAUUUAACUAGAAGAUUGAUCUUGGACACCUCAGCUGACAGCGAAAAAGAAGAAAACAUGGUUGAAUGGUUGAGAGAAGUUGGCAUGCCAGCCGACUAUGUUCACAAGCUUGCCCGUAUGUUCCAAGAUAUCAAGAUCAGCGAAGACUUGAAUCAACAAUUCAAAGAGGAAUAUAGGAAGACAAAAGGAAGCAUUGCUGACUCGAUCAACAUAAAAAUCCUGAAUGCUGGAGCUUGGGCUCGUGGAUCUGACCGAGUGACAGUGUCGUUGCCGUUGGAGUUGGAAGACUACAUACCAGAAGUGGAAGAUUUCUACAGGAAAAAGCAUAGUGGACGAAAACUCCAGUGGCAUCAUCAUAUGUCAAAUGGAACUAUUCAGUUUGCCAAUUCAGUUGGAAGAUUUGAUCUGGAUGUUACAACAUUUCAAAUGGCUGUCCUAUUUGCGUGGAACGAACGACCGAAAGAAAAAAUUUCUCUUGAAAACUUGCGUUUAGCAACUGAGUUGCCUGAUGCGGAACUUCGACGAACUCUUGGGUCUUUGGUGGCUUUUCCAAAACUGAAACGACAGUUGUUAAUAUGCCAACCGGAAGUCCAAUCCGCAAGAGAUUUCACUGAAAACUCUAUUUUUUCUGUCAAUCAAGACUUCAGUCUAAUAAAAAAUGGAAAAGUUCAAAAGCGGGGUAAGAUUAAUUUAAUUGGUCGUCUCCAGCUGUCUACCGAGAAAAGUAAAGAAGAAGAAAACGAAGGCAUUGUACAGUUGCGCAUUUUGCGCACUCAGGAGGCUAUAGUCAAAAUUCUGAAAAUGAGGAAACAGAUUAGCAAUGCCCAGUUGCAGACUGAGCUUGUUGAAAUUUUGAAGAAUCUUUUCAUCCCCUCGAAGAAAAUGAUAAAAGAACAAGUGGAGUGGCUGAUAGAACAUCGUUAUAUGAAACGUUCUGAAAAGGAUAUUAAUACCUUUAUUUAUCUAGCCUAAUAAUAACAAUAUUACGGAAACUGUACAGUUGAAUCUAAUUAAGUUUCAUAUGUACAUCUUUCUUCUCUUUUGCAAUUUUUCUUAACUCCUUACUUAUUCCUUGGUCAAGCCAAAAUCCUGUCGUGUAAAUAUUUUCGAUAAAAAUAAAAUUGCGAUCGGCGAUGUCA